GUCGACCUCACGCCUGGUCGUCUCUACUGCUUCCUAGGUCCAGGCCGUCGCGGACACCAUGUCCGGUUACCCCAAAAGCUAUAAUCCUUUCGACGACGACGUGGAAGAUGAGGACACCCGGCCGUCACCGUGGAAGGACGCCCGCGACCCGCCCGACGGGCCCGACGCGCCCAUGGACCGUCAGCAGUACCUGCGACAGGAGGUGCUGCGCAGGGCCGAGGCUACGGCCGCCAGCACCAGCAGGUCCUUGGCCCUCACGUUUGAAUCGGAGAAGGUCGGAGUCGCCUCUUCUGAGGAGCUGGUCCGGCAGCGAGGAGUCCUAGAACACACCGAGAAGAUGGUAGACAAGAUGGAUCAGGAUCUGAAGACAAGCCAGAAACACAUCAACAGCUUUAAAAGUGUGUUUGGAGGAUUUAUCAACUACUUCAAAUCCAAACCAGUAGAGACUCCACCUGAACAGAAUGGCAGCAUUGCCCCUCAGCCCAGCAGCAGAUUGAAAGAAGCCAUAAAUACAGGUAGAGAGCAGAAAAGCAAGUACCAAGCUAGCCACCCAAACCUCAGAAGACUUAAUGAUGAAGACCCCAUCCCCAAAGAGCCCGCUUCUGCUGUGACUACUGAUGUUUACCCAAAGAACGCGAGCCUUCGUGCCUGUCACCAGAAGAUCGACAGCAACCUAGAUGAGCUGUCCAUGGGACUGGGCCGACUCAAGAACAUAGCCUUAGGAAUGCAGACGGAAAUUGAGGAGCAGGACGACAUUCUUGACCGGCUUACAACCAAAGUGGACAAGUUAGAUAUCAGUAUAAAAAGCACAGAAAAAAAAGUUCGGCAACUCUAAAGAAACUGAAAAAGGAAUUCUACUCAGUUGUAAUGAAAAGAUUCAAAAGCCUCUUUUAAACUCCUAAGGAAUGAUGUUGAUUACACAGUAUGUAAUUUAACAUGUGUGUUCA